AUGAAGGAUUAGAAGCCUCAUUUAACUUUAUUAUACCCUAAAAAAUCAUUCUUAAGUUUUAAAAUGAAAACUCUUCCAUCAAAAGAUAAAAUUUGGUAUUCAAAAAUUAAAAUCUAAUAUACAAUCAAUCACUAUCAUAAAAUGAAAAAAUAUUCAGAAAAACAGUACUCUUAAUAUAAUAUAUUUAAGCAUUGCUUUCAAAGUAAUGUCAAAUGCUUCAGACCUAAUAAAAUCAAGUCCUUUUGUCGGAUUGAUAGGUCCAGAGUAAAUAGUAACUAUUAAAUUAAUUGCUAAAGAACCAAUUUUUGACAGUAAAUUGUCUAUUUAUAAUAGAUUCUGUAAGAAUUAAGAUUAUUUCAAUAAAUAUUGAUAAGCCUUAAGAGUUAAGGGAUUAAUAUGAAAUAAUGGAUUCUUUUAAAUAGGUAAAAGAUUCUACAAUAGAUCUUCCUAAUAUAAUUUUAAAAGUGUAAAAUUUUAUUUAAUCGGAACCAAUAUCAUAUGUAAAUAUAUUACUUAUAUUUAUAUAAGAUUACUUCAUCAAGCGAUCGCAACAUUUCUAUAUAUUUGUCAAAUAUGUCAUAAUUAAAAUAAAACGAAAGCUCCCCAAAAUCUGGAUUUUAUAAAUUAUAACUUAGUUCAAAACAAACUAAGGAUUCCCUGUAAAUUUCCCAAAAUUUUCAGAUUGAGCAAUCAAUAUAAAUAUUGAAAGAUUAAUAAUAAACUCUAAUAAAUGAAAUAAGGGAAUUAAAUAAAUAGAUUGUUUAAUUAAAGGCAGAAAAAAAUAUUUCCUCUGAAGAGGAUUAAGAUGAUUAAAUAAAAUUUACUUUAUUUUAAUUGAUUAUUCUAGCAAUUGUUAGCCUAUUGAUGGGAUUUUAUUUUUCAGAAAAUUGA